AUGGCCGCGCAGGGGUCGCCGUUCAAGCAGGCCGGCAAGGUCGUCUGCAUCGGGCGCAACUACGCGGACCACAUCGCGGAGCUCAAGAACAUGAAGCCCAAGCAGCCCUUCUUCUUCCUCAAGCCCACGUCGUCGAUCCUGCUCGCCGGCGAGGGGCCGUGCCUGCGGCCCAAGGGCGUGGACAUGCACUACGAGGUCGAGCUGGCGCUCGUCAUGGGCAAGAUGGUGAGGGACCUGCGCGCCGACGACACGCAGGGCGCGCUCGACGCCAUCAAGGAAUACGCCGUGGCCAUCGACAUGACGGCGCGCAACGCGCAAAACGAGGCCAAGCGCAAGGGCCUCCCCUGGGACAUCGCCAAGGGCUUCGACACGUUCCUGCCGCUGAGCGGCGCGAUCCCCAAGGCGGCCAUCGCGGACCCCCACGACGUGGAGCUCUUCCUCGAGGUCAACGGCGCGGAGCGGCAGCGCGGGUCCACGGGGCUCAUGAUCUACCGCAUCCCGCGCGUGCUGAGCGACAUCUCCAAGGUCAUGACGCUGCACCCGGGCGACAUUGUGCUGACGGGCACGCCCGCGGGCGUCGGGCCCGUGGCGCCCGGCGACGUGAUGCGCGCGGGCGUGCGCGUGGGCGGGCGCGAGCUCGAGGAGGGGAAGCUCGAGGUGAGGGUCGAGGAGUCGCCGUCUUCGUACGUGUUUGCCGAGACGUGA